GGUCUCAAUCUCACUAUGUCCUCUCCUGUCUGUUACUCCCCCACAGUGGAACCUACAGUGACCAUCUCCCCAUCCAAGACAGAGGCUCUAAACCACCACAAUAUGCUUGUCUGCGCAGUGACAGAUUUCUAUCCAGGCCACAUCAAAGUCCGGUGGUUCCGGAAUGGCCAGGAGGAGACAGCCGGCAUCGUGUCCACCCCCCUUAUCAGGAAUGGGGACUGGACGUUCCAGAUCCUGGUGAUGCUGGAAAUGACCCCACAGCGAGGAGACGUCUACACCUGCCACGUGGAGCACCCCAGCCUCCAGAGCCCCAUCACGGUGGAGUGGCGAGCACAGUCUGAAUCCGCCCAGAGCAAGAUGCUGAGUGGCGUCGGGGGCUUCGUGCUGGGGCUGCUCUUCCUCGGGCUGGGCCUUGUCAUCUGUCACCGGAAACAGAAGGGUCUUCGUGGGCCCCUGCCAGGUACUAUUUCCACUCUAUUCAUUGGUGGGGGGAGGUGACUGAUAAAAGAGAGGAGGGCAUGAGGGCUCCUGCACUGACUCCCGAGGACACUUGGACUGGCCUUGGUCUUCUCUCGUCUGAAAUGCCUGCCUGUUCCUUGCCCAGAAUCCCCAGCUGCCUGUCAGCCUGUCCCUCUGAGACCUGAGUCCUAUGUUGACACUGAUGGACUCAGGUCACCUCCUGUGACCCCCACCCCAAGGAUCUGCCUGUCAUGCUGCUUCCUGUACUGACCCUGGGAGCCUCCCAGCAGCAUCUGCUCAGGCCCCACGGCGUUUUCCUGUGUCUUUUCUCCCCCAACACAGACUGUUCAAGAGAAGCAUAUUGAAACCAUUUACCUAUCUAUAGCUUUUAUAAUUAAACAUAUUAUGAGUUAUCUGUAUCCUGAACCUCCUUAAAUGAGCAGAGGUAGGAAA